UUUAUUGAGACAUCUUCCCCAAGAAGAAAGGGAGACAUUGCAAGAUUACAGAGUCCGCUACUGCCACCAACACCAUCAGAUGGACACUGUUUAAGCUUCUGGUACUACAUGUUCGGGCCUACUAUCGGAAACCUCACCAUCCGUCUAAGCACAGACUCCAACUCCUCUGUGUUCUGGUCAAAGUCAGGGCCCCAAGGUGAUAAGUGGAUCAAGGGGCAGAGAACACUGGUUUCAAGCAUAAAUUAUAUUGUAUACAUUGAAGGAACCGUGGGGUCUGGAUAUCAAGGAGACAUUGCUCUUGAUGACAUUGGUAUAAUAAAGGGGGCAUGUCCAACACCUCGAGGAUGUGACUUUGAAAAUGGAUACUGUAACUGGCAACAAUCUACUCAAGAUGAGUUUGACUGGUCGAUUGGUAGCAAUGGAACUGUAUCGCUUGGAACUGGCCCUACAUAUGACCACACGUUUGGGUCUAAUACAGGUCACUUUGCUUUUAUUGAAUCAUCUGCUCCAAGGGUCAGAGGAGACCGUGCUGUCCUUAUCAGUCCGAUGUAUAAUGGUCACAAAGGCGCCGUCGGUACAUAUACAUACUACUCUACAACCUGUUUAUCAUUCUGGUACCAAAUGUAUGGAACUAGCGUUGGAAGUUUGAACGUGUACCAAAAGCAAAAUGGGACAUUCAGAAGCCAGUUAUGGUACUUAAAUGGAAACCAAGGGAAUAUGUGGAGACGGGCCAGCGUAAUGGUUAACGCUCACAAUAAACCAUUCCAAAUUCAAAUCGAAGCAGUACGAGGAUCUUUAUAUUCAGGUGACAUUGCUAUAGAUGACAUAGCAUGGGAGGAUGGUGGCUGUUCACCUCCCGGCUACUGCAACUUUGAAGUGGACAUGUGUGGAUACAUAAACAUUCAAACAGGGGAUGACUUUGACUGGCUCAGAGACUAUGGUGGAACACCCAGCGCGGCAACAGGACCAAGGGUUGAUCACACUAAAGGUACAACUACCGGGUACUACAUGUACAUUGAAACAUCAGGUUCCAAUAGGAUAGUAGGACAGAAAGCAAGACUUGUCAGUGAACAUCUUCAUGCAACAAGUUCCUUUGGAAGCUGUGUCCGUUUCUACUAUCACAUGUAUGGAUCAGGCGUUGGAGCUCUCAAUGUCAACACGCAAUCAGUAGCAUCAAAUAACACCAAACUCAUGUGGUCUUUGUCUGGCAAUCAAGGUAACCUAUGGAAACUGGGGCAGGUCAACGUGAACCAAGGCUCAGACUACGAUGUCGUAUUUGAAGGAGUGUAUGGUGGAAACUUCACUGGCGAUAUCGCCAUUGAUGACAUAACAGUGUCCAACUACAGAUGCUAUGGUGCCACAACUACAAUGACGACACCAACGACUGUGACCUCACCAGCAACCUAUCCACCAACGAAAAUUGACUGUGACUUUGAAAUGAACAUUUGUGACUGGAGUCAAGACAAGACUGAUAAAUUUGAUUGGACAAGACAUGCAGGUAGAACAUCCUCAUCAAACACAGGUCCAACAGCUGAUCAUACUCGCGGGGAUUAUCAGGGACAUUACAUGUACACUGAGGUUUCAUCCAAAGCUCCCAAUAGUACAGCACGAUUGAUCAGUUCAACAUGGGUAAUAUCCUCACAAGGGAGCUGCUUUAAGUUUUGGUACUUCAUGUAUGGCGCAAAUAUCAAUCGACUGAAUGUGUAUGCCAGGAAUGGAGGAAGAGACACCAGGUUAUGGACACGAGCUGGAGAUCAAGGACAAAUGUGGAAAUAUGCCCAGAUAUUCUUGAAGGGCUUUUCAGGGUCUACUGCUAUUGUAAUUGAAGGUUUUGCUGGGUCAGGGUAUGUAGGAGAUAUUGCCAUUGAUGAUAUAUCCAUGAACAGUGACCACUGUCCAGCUCAAGUUUCUUGCGAUUUCCAAGAAGGAACAUGUGGUUACACUCAGGAGUACUCUGACAACUUUGACUGGACAUUACACAAUGGAGGAACAACUAGUUUAGGAACUGGACCCACAAGUGACCACACCUUUGGAACUCCAGAAGGUGCAUACAUGUACAUUGAAACAUCAUCCCCACGAAGGCGUGGUGACAAGGCAAGACUGGAUAGUCCUCUUCUCGAUCCAACUUCUGGAUCUUGUCUUCAGUUUUGGUAUAAUAUGAAUGGGCGAACAAUGGGAACUCUAAAUGUAUAUCAGAGACAAGCAAAUAAUUUAGGGACUCCUAUCUGGACACGAAGUGGAAAUAUCAAUACUGACUGGCUCAUUGCACAGGUGAAUUUGCGAAGCACAACCCAAUUCCAAUUUACGUUUGAAGGCAUAGUCGGUAAUGGAUUCCAGGGUGAUAUUGCAAUCGAUGAUCUAAUGUAUAAGUCCGUACCAUGUGCUCCUGAAGGUGACUGUUCAUUCGAAAACGACUUCUGUACCUGGCAAAACUAUGGAAAGAAUGACACAUUUGAUUGGAUAAGAGGCAAGGGUGCUACAUCUUCUUCAGGAACUGGCCCUAGUGUAGAUCACACAUUAAACUCACGGUAUGGGACGUACGCCUACAUCGAAGCCUCUAGUCCAAGAAGACAAGGUGACAAAGCUUGGCUUGUAUCUACAGCUUUCAGUAAUGUGACACGAUGUCUUUCCUUCUGGUACAACAUGUAUGGGUCAGGAAUGGGAUCUCUUAAUAUCAAGCUUUGGCCAAAUGGUGCCGCAGUACAAAAUCUGCAAACAGUGCAGAAGGCCACUUCUGGAACACAGUGGUAUCUGACACGAUUGACAAUCCAAAAUCAAACAGUUGACUACAGAAUCAUCAUUGAGGGAAUAGUUGGGCGCAGUUAUUUGAGUGAUAUGGCUAUUGAUGACGUUGUUUUACAAGUAGGUGCCUGCAAUGCCAUCCCUACCCCUACACCAUUCCAGAACUGUGCAUUCCAAUGUCCAACUAUCUCAACUUGUGUCAGUACUCCCCAUGUAUGUGACUUUAAUUCUGACUGUCCAAAUGGAGAAGAAGAAACUGCGUGUGGCUACAACUGUAACUUUGAUAAUGGUACCUGCAAAUGGGUCUCAAGGGCUAAUGGAGGUUUCACAUGGACACGUUACCAUGGCGCUACACCGGAUUCCAACACUGGUCCUUCAACUGAUCACACUCUGGGCUCAUCAUCAGGCUAUUACAUGUAUGUGGAUGCUUCUAAUGGAAGCAGGUAUCAACGGGCCGAUUUCACCAGUCCUGUCUUACAACAAUCGGCAUCAACAUGCCAGAUGUCAUUAUGGUAUCACAUGUAUGGUAGUGGAAUAGGAACAAUGACUGUGUAUCAAGUAGAAGGGACACUACGGACUAGGAUAUGGUACACGACAGGAAAUCAUGGCAACAGAUGGUAUCAAAAAAUAGUACCCAUUGGACGAAUGAACCGACCUUUCCAGAUCGUCAUCCAGGCAGCAAGAACUUAUAGUGUUCUAGGAGAUAUUGCUAUUGACGAUAUUCAGUUCCAGCACUGUGGAAUCCCAACACCACAAUCCUGUACCCAUACUUCAGCCCAGUUCCACUGUAACAACAACGCCUGCAUAGAUACAAACAGACAGUGUGACUACACUGAUGACUGCGGAGAUGGAUCCGAUGAAGCAACAACACUUUGUGCUGCACGCUACAAAAGCUGUGACUUUGAAAGAAGCAUCUGUAUGUGGACACAGUUGAAGGAUGAUGACUUUGACUGGUCGCGUCGCUCAGGCCAGACACCUUCAGCACAGACUGGUCCAUCAAAAGAUCAUACAUUAAACACAAUUUCCGGACAUUACAUGUACAUCGAAACAUCAUCCCCAAGGAAACAAGGCCAGAAAGCGAGAAUGGCUAGUAUGGUGUUUGGACCAUCAACAACUGGACCAUAUUGCACCAUGCGCUUCUACUAUCUAAUGUAUGGAAAAGAUGUAGCAUCACUAGCUGUUUAUACCAGAGCCUCUGUUAAUGGACCCUUAAUGAGAAAAUGGAUGAGACAAGGAGAGAUAGGUAACUUCUGGUCCAGGACAGAGAUUCCACUCUAUUCUGCAACUCCAUUCCAAGUAGUCAUUGAGGCAAGCGUUGGCAAGAGCUAUUUCAGUGACAUAGCCAUUGAUGAUAUCACUUUCUCUCCGCUUUGUACUAAUUACACAGGAUCAUUCCCCACAGUUCAACCAGGCAUUUCCACACCUUCAACACAAAGCCCAUGUGGUGCUGGAAGGUUCCAGUGUUCCAUCGGAAAUCAGUGCAUAUCAUCAACUCAAGUAUGUGAUUUUAUUGCCCAGUGCAAUGAUGGUUCUGAUGAGUCUCUUUGUGGAAAAUGUAACUUUGAGACAGGUCUCUGUGGCUGGACUGUGGCUGGACUCAGCGUGGGAAGAUACAAAUGGGAAAGGCAUAAUGGGUCCACACCAUCAGCUGUAUCAGGCCCAUCUCAUGACCAUACUCUAGGAUUAUCUGGAAUUGGCUGGUACAUGUUUGUCGACUCUUCUCUAGGAUCCUUCUUUGGAGAUGCGGCGAUGAUGUCUCCGGUUUAUGGACAACUAUCAAGUGGAUGUCAAGUAACAUUCUGGAUCUUUAAGAACGGCAAUCAAGGAGGAGUAAUGAGAUUGUUUCUCCUUGAUCCAGGUGCAUCAGUGAACAGUAAGACAGGAAAGACUUUGAUCUGGUCAGCACUUGGUGACAAAGGCAAUCAGUGGGUCAAUGUAACAGUUGGAACAGGCGCAAGAGGACCUGGAUUCCGUCUGUUGUUUGAGGCUACUCAAUUCCAGAAAUCUGUCGAUAUGGCCAUAGAUGACAUUUCAUUCACUCAGUGUGCUAUUGGUAGUCAAAUGGCUUCAUGUUCAAGUAAUCAGUUCCACUGCAAGAGUGGAUCAUGUGUUGAUCAGAAUUCUCUGUGCGACUUCCAGAAUGACUGUGGAGACUGGUCUGAUGAAUCGAGCUGUUCAAACUAUGUGGAACGCUGUAACUUCGAACAGGACAUGUGUAACUGGAUCCAAGAUAAAACAGAUGACUUUGACUGGCAACGAACUAGAGGAAGAACAAUGACGAUUGGCACUGGUCCAGAUUCUGACCACACGUAUGGUAAUGAGACUGGAUACUUUGUCUAUAUAGAAACAUCGGGUCCACGCAAACCAAAUGACACUGCAAGAAUUAUGAGUCCUAUCUUCCAGGCAACAACAUCGGGCUCUUGUAGCAUGAGGUUCUUCUAUCACAUGUUUGGUAAAGACAUCAAUUCUCUCACAGUAUACAAGCAAACGGCUGACGUUGGAGGUAGAAUUCCCAUAUGGAUGAGAAGUAACUCCCAAGAUGAUGCCUGGAAUCAUGCAAGUUUUGUCCUUACCAGUCAGCAGAAUUUCAGAAUUGUCAUUGAGGCGACGAGAGGCAGCGGCUAUCUUGGAGACAUUGGACUUGACGAUGUAUCAUUUACACCAGGGUGUCAAAUUGCAAACAGAGUUACUCUUCCCGUGUCUCAAGCAACGCCUGGUCCGUGUGGGUUUGGUAAACAGCAAUGCAAAGAUGGGAAGCAAUGUGUCAAGGCAGGAUCAACCUGCAACUUCAGAAAAGAUUGCUCAGAUGGAAGCGAUGAAGCAUCCUGUCCUUAUACAUGUAGUUUUGAGGGAGGCAACUUCUGUCAAUGGACAAACCAAAUUGCAGGAUCAACAUUCAACUGGACACUAGGUACUAAUGGAAACCCAGCAAGUAAAACCGGACCUAGCGGUGAUCACACAUCAGGACAAAGUAAUGGCCAUUAUGCAGUUGUAAGUAAUUCAGGGCGAAAAUCCCAGGAGAAGGCGCAGCUUGUCAGUCCUCUUUUCAGUCAAGGCGGACCUACAUGUAGCAUAACAUUUUGGUAUGCUUUAGGAGGAUGGGAAUUCUCAUCAUUCAGUCUGCUGUUAAGGACAGGAGGAAUUGAUGCACAUAUCUGGCAAAUGCCUAACAGUCCAAAACCGUUGAACAACUGGUACAAUGUCACUGUAAAUUUACCAGUCUGCUCCUCAGACUUCCAGCUUGUGUUUGAGGCUGUUGCAACCUCAAGCUCAGUUUCAUACAUUGCAGUCGAUGAUCUGGCAUUCGUCAGUUGUGGAGAAUCGUUGCCUCAGGGACAGUGCCUUCUUGGACAGUACCAGUGUGCCAGUGGGCACUGUGUACCAGAAAACCUGAAAUGUGACUAUCAAACAGACUGCUGUGAUGGAUCGGAUGAAUCCGUGAAUAACUGCAAUGCUUACUAUGGAUGUGAUUUUGAACAAGGCACAUGUGGGUGGAUUCAGGAUAUGAACGACAACUUUAACUGGACCAGACAACGUGGACGAACAAUGUCAUUCCUGACAGGACCAAGCAACGAUCAUACAACUCUUUCAACCACAGGCUACUAUUUGUAUAUUGAAUCAUCACCCCCAAGAAUGCCUAACGACACUGCAAGAAUCAUAUUUGCUCUGCCAAAGACAAACGGGCCUUGUGCCAUUCGAUUCUGGUACCACAUGUAUGGAGCAAACAUUGGUGCCCUCAAUGUCUAUCAGAAAUCUUUCCAGGCAACAAAACUUCUGUCGUCAACAACCAGUGAGCAAGGAAACAGUUGGCUGCGACAAGAAGUAAGCUUCCAAAGUUCCACACCAUAUGAAGCUAUCAUUGAAGGUGUGGUUGGUGUUGGAUACAAAGGUGACAUAGCAAUAGAUGAUAUCACAUUCACACCUGGCUGUGGUGCUGCUCCACCAACCACAAAUGUUCCAGUUACAGGAAUUACACAGUACCAAACAUUUACACCACCAGCUAACUACACUGGAACUCCAUGUGUUAACAACCAGUUCACCUGUAGUGAUGGAUCGUGCAUCCCUCCAACCAAGACAUGUGACUUUACCCCUGAUUGUCCAAAUGGCAUUGACGAACAAAACUGCCCUAUCACGUGUGGUUUUGACACGGAUACGUGUGGUUGGCUUAACGCUCACCAAGACAAAUUCAACUGGGAGAGGGCUUCAGGGGCAUCAACAGCGAGUGUACCAGCUAUGGCUCCAACGGUUGACAGCACAUCCAACCCUAAGGGAUACUUUGUAUUCAUUCAUGAUCAGACAUCAGCUCAUCCGAGUGGGAACAAUGCUGUUUUUACAAGUCCAACUUACAAUGGAGCCAGUUCCGAGUGCAAGCUUCAAUUCUACUACUACAUCCAAGGAUCAGGAUUUACCACUCAUCUUACUCUCUCCAUCUACGAAAAGGGAGAUAAAUCAAAGCUAUGGCAAGACAACACAGACCAUGGACAGACAUGGCAACACACAACAGUAGGAAUUGGUAGAAGACAGUCUCCCUUCACAUUGGAAUUUGAAGUGGUCGGUCCCUAUUUCUACCAGCGAAAAAUUGCACUGGAUCAAUUCCAGUUCCAAGACUGUGGACGCCCCCUUCCCCAACCAUCGUGUAACCUAGCAACUCAGUUCAAGUGCACAAAUAAGGCUUGUGUCAGCUUAAGUAGGAAAUGUGACAUUACAGACAACUGUGGGGACAGUUCCGAUGAAACAGAUCCAGACUGUUCAACAUACAAGAAGUUUGACUUUGAGCAUGGCUUUGGGGAUCUACUUCAAGGCAGAAAUGGACUUGAUGAUAACUUUGACUGGAUCCGCUGGAACGGCAGCACACCUUCAUAUAACAGUGGGCCAGAUCGGGAUCACACUACCGGAUUAGCAACUGGGCAUUACUUAUAUAUGGAAGCCUCACAACCGCACAAGUAUAAUGACAAGACAUGGUUGAUGACUAAAACAUUCAGUCCAACAGCAGGGAAGAAUUGCCGUAUGAGGUUCAGCUAUUUUAUGUAUGGGACGUUUGUCAAGCAGCUCAACAUCUACACCAGAAUUUACAACUCUGGAACACCUACCAACCUUGUCUGGGCAAGGGCCGGUGAUCAAGGUGCAGCCUGGCUACAGGACGACGUCGCUCUUAAUAGUUCCAACAGCUUCCAGGUUAUCAUUGAAGGCAAAAUCGGAGACAGCUACUCAGGUGACAUUGCCAUUGAUGAUGUAUCCUUCACACCAGACUGUCAAUACUCGGGACAAUCUCUGCCAGACGCUCCUCGUCCUGCUGUGACUGGGACAACACUGACCCCACCAACCACAGCCCCCCAUUCCUGUGAUCUGAACAAAGAGUUCAACUGCCAUGUUAGUGGAAAAUGCAUAAACAAGAUAAAAGUGUGCGACUUCCGAAAAGACUGUCCAGACGGCUCAGAUGAAUCCAGUUGUGUUGCUGCAACAACCACCUUUGAGUCAGGAAACAUGGGUAACUGGCAUAUCAACGAGACUGAGCUUGUUCCUGGGCAGACAUACAUCUGGCAAGAUACUUACGGCGGGGCCAUACUGAAUGACCAAUACCGGCCAUCACAUGACCACACCAACAGUGCCACGAACACAGGCUGGUUCUUGUGGGCAGACAGUUCUCCAGGUUCAAUCAAGGAUACAACAACAAUCAUCACUCCCACAAUUAGCCAGACAGGGCCUCAAUGUCAACUGCAGUUCUAUUACUUCAUGUCUGGGAAUGCACUGGGAACCCUGGAGGUGUACAUGAAGUUUGGUAGCAGCAUGGUGCAGAUGUGGGCGACAAGUGGUGUCCAUGGGACGACGUGGAACAAAGCACUUAUCUUCCUUGGAUAUUCGCAAAGCUUCCAGAUUGUAAUUCAAGCAAGACGUGGAUACAGCUACCGAGGUGACAUUGCACUAGACGAUGUGUCCUUCAUCAACUGUAAGCCAGUGACACCAUCCCCGAAUGGAUGCAGUGCAACACAAAUGACCUGCAGCAACGGCUUCUGCAUUGACCAGUCCAAGAAGUGCAACUUCGCCAACGAUUGUGGAGAUGGAUCCGAUGAGUUGCAAACCCAAUGUAAUAGUCUGUACAAAGGAAGAUGCGAUUUUGAACAUUACAUCUGCUCGUCCUGGACCCAGGAGGUCAGCGCCAAACUCAACUGGACAUUGCACCAAGGUGUCACACUGACCCCAGGCACUGGACCAUCGGUGGACCACACAUCGCGUCAUGCAACUGGACACUAUCUGUAUAUUGAAACCUCCUCACCAAGCCAGACAGGAGACAAGGCCAGACUCGCAUCGUUUGUCAUUAAGGGGUCGUCUACCACCUGUGCUGAUAAAUUGACAGUACUUUGGCUCACAUCGACAUUACUAUCCUUCAAAGCCUGUGGUAUGAUUCGGAUAUUUUGUUCAUUCUCCGGUUUUGCCCCCGUUUGUCUUUAUAUUUCAAACUAUUGGUUAAUGGAAUUGGCUUCGUAUUUCACAAAGAUCCGACUAUGGUACAACAUGAACGGCGCGGAUGUUGGUGCACUGACCAUCUACAAGAGAUUCGACUACACUACGACUGGGCUGUAUCUGAUCGCAAACUACACAACAAAUAGAGGCGAUGUCUGGAUAGAGUCACAGAACACCCUCGACAACAAAGGCGGGACAGGAGACUACCGGGUUGUGAUCGAAGCAACGAAGGGAAACGGUUACCAUGGUGACAUUGCAAUUGAUGACGUUUCACUUACGCCAGGUUGCCAACGAGGAGGGUAUAUCCCCGGUCAAGCCACGCCUCCCCCGACCAAACCAUCUUCUUGUAAGAAUAACCAGCGCAGCUGCACUAACGGCAACUGUUACAGCCGGAAUGAGGCGUGCAACUUCCAUGACGACUGCGGCGACCAGACUGAUGAAUUAUCAUGUGGAACUUCAUGUACAUUCGAAGACGGGAUGUGUGGGUGGAAGAAUGACAAGGGAGAGAAUUUUGACUGGACCACUCACACCGGCCAAACAACCAGUGCCAACACGGGGCCUACCAAUGAUCACACUUUUGGCACCGGCAAUGGUCAUUACAUAUACAUAGAGACCAGUGGACAGUUACGUAAUGGCGAUACUGCAGUUCUUGAGAGUUCCAUCUACACACAGAGCGGUCCCAACUGCCAGCUGACGUUCUGGUACAACAUGUAUGGCGCCAACGUCGGGAAGCUCAAUGUCCUUGUUAAGACAGUGCAGGGUGGCAUCGUUUCACUGUGGUCAAAGACCGGAAAUCAGGGACAGCCAUGGCAACAGGCAAAUCUUACCAUUGGUUCAAGGACUAAAUUCGCAAUACUCUUUGAAGCUACAAGAGGAAAUGGUUAUCAAGGCGACAUUGCACUGGAUGACAUAUCACUCAACAACUGUGGGAUUGGGACAUUAGCACAAAAGUGCGGCGACAACCAGUUCAUAUGUGCAAACCAGAUCCAAUGUGUGGACUACAUAAAUAUGUGUGACAAAAAAUCCGACUGCAACGAUGGCUCAGAUGAACUUUCAAGCAACUGCCCCACCCAGCUUGGAGACUGCACGUUUGACAGCCAGAACUGGAUGAGCACAUGUCAAUGGACAUCGGUCAACAGUACUGAUGCCCAGUGGUACCAGGCUGCACGAACACCCACCAAGGGCACAGGACCUGGCAGUGACCAUGGUCGACGUGCAGGAGGAAAAUACAUCUUCAUGGACAGCAGCAAGAUGGCUGUUGGAGACAUAGCCAGCAUAGCCACGCCUCAAUUCCCUCCCAGCACCGAGCUGUGCCAUCUGCGAUUCUACUACUAUAUGCACGGAUCAACUAACAUGGGACCACUAAACGUGUACAUGGUGAAUACACAAGGUCAACGACAGCUCGUGUGGACGCUGCAAAACAACCAUGCCGCACGGUGGGCCCGAGUCAACAUUCCUAUUGGCAACACGCUCGGGUUUAAGGUCAUCUUCGAGGCAGAACGAGGUACUGGCAAACUUGCUGACAUCGCCAUCGAUGACGUCACAUUUACCCCGGAAUGUACCACAGGAAAGGCUCGGCCAGCCAGUGGACUUGUGUGUAGUUUCCAAGAGAAUCUGUGCGAACCUCUCAAUCAGUGUCAACCAAGCACCUGGCACUGUGAUGGUGUGCAGGACUGCACCGAUGGAAGUGACGAACCCGCCAGCUGCCCCACCAUCUCUCAUUCAGUUUAUUCUAAGACAGUCACGUCGACCACACCAACCACGUCACGGACGACAUCUGGAAUCACGUGUCCAGAUAGUAAAUUUGCUUGUUCCGGACUGUGCAUCUCGUCCGUACUACUCUGUGAUGGUGUGAGCGACUGCCCUGACGGCUCAGAUGAAAACUCGUGUGAAACGUGCUCCAAAAGCAGCUUCUACUGCCUCCAGAAACGACAGUGUAUGGGUCGAUGGAUGAUCUGUAAUGGAAAGUCCGAAUGCUUCCACAACAUUGGUGACCAAUUUGGUCAAGAUGACGCCAGUUGUGGAGAAUGUCCGACCAACUAUUGCCUGAACGGAGGGACUUGCGUCGUAAAACCAGGAAACAAGGGCCCAGUUUGCAACAACUGUCCCGCCGGGUUUGGAGGUCGGCGCUGUCAUCAGAACAUCCAAGGUCCUACACGAGCUUCUGUACAGAAGACUACCACUAACACUGCUGCCCUGGCGGCCUCGAUCAGUGUUGUCCUGGUGCUACUUGCUGUGGGAGGCGUUGUUGGCGGACUCUUCUUCUACCGGCGUCGAAAGGCCAGGCAACUCCUGUAUGGCAGUGGAAAUCAAGGCUUAACCAACCCUGUGUAUGACUACGGGAGCGGAGAAACUGACUACCAAAUGAGUGAUCUUGAGCCUCAAGGCCUCAGCUCAGACCCAUCGCUAUCCAUCGACAACCCACUCUACUCCGAAGCUUAAAUGUCCUGUCAUCAAUGCUUACAAAUAUAUAAUUCUUACUUUAAAACAUUGUUUUCCGUGAUAUCUAAAUUUGUAAAUGUUACAAGUAAAACCAUGUUGUUAUUGUUCAAGUGGUAAUGUUCCUCUGAAAUAAACGCAUUUUCAAAUA